AUGUCCGCCGCGGGAGCAAGGGCGUAUCAGCCCGUGGGCUCCGCCGCGUGGAUCGCGGCUGAGAAGGAAAAUGUGAUGAAUCUGGUGGAGCAGGAAAUGGAGGAAGUAGAAUUUCCUGUCCGGCACGAGUUGGAAUGGCUGAAUGAGCACAUGGCCGAGAUAUUCUCCAAGAAUCAAUUCAACUUGACCGAAAUUUUCAAGACUCCGGGCAAACUACGAGGGAAAACUCCCCGCACGGCGCGCAAACGCAAUGCUGACGAAGUCCGAGUGCCUUUGAGCGACAUCUUUUCGUCACAUAAUCAGGUCAAAUCGAGCUCGAAAGCUGGUCUCGUGUCCGAUCAGGCAGCUGUAAAAGCUGCUGACAACUCCAAGGGGAAGGAGCGAUCGCAAGAACAAACAACCAACCAGAAACUCAACUCGUUCUCGACUUACAACACUGACUCGGGAUACCACGGAAUGCCAGACGAUGAUGAAAUGGUCCUUCCAAGCAUGCGUUCUGAGGCAGAAUCUUCCACGCAACCGACAGACAUGCAACCGUUAGACACGCAGCCGCUAGACACGCAGCCGUCAGAUACGCAGCCAUUAGACACGCAGCCAUUGGAUACGCAGCCGUUCGACACGCAACCGGACGACAAGCAGCCGGUAGAAGAGGAUUUCAAGCGUGACGCGCUCAACGCGAAGAGUCCGUCAGUGGACCGUCGCACCACCGAAGGCUCCUUCCACUCCGCUCAAGAAGACAUCCAGCAUCGCGGCGAAACAGUCGAACCAGCUGAUGUAAAUGAAGAUCAGGAGAUGAAGCCUGACGAGGACACGCCUCGUCCGAUCGUCAAGGCUGCAGAGCCACCACGGGCAUCUGUACAUUCACGUGAGGAAGUCUCAGACAUUCAACCAGAGCCCUCUGCGCCGGCUGAGAAGAAGGACAAAGAUGGAGACAUGGUCCUCGAUAAUCAAUUCGACGACAUAGGCUCUCCCUCGGAUGGUUCCACACCAGACCGACCGCUGAUUAGAAAGAGCAGCUUAACUUUCGCUUCUCUACCGGCACGAGAACCGCUGGUGACGAAAAAGAGCAUGGGUGGAGCCCGAAUUUCCCGAACCAGCCAUGUUGAUAUUACAAAACUGAAUAAUGCGGGACGGCCCAGUUAUUUCAGUGGUCAGAUCGGUGGCACAAGGACAACUCGGGCUCUGCCUGAUGGGACAGAGGACCAGAAAGUAGAAGACAAGAUGGACCUUGACGGAAAGGGAGAAUCUCUUCACCAGGAUACAGACGUGGACCUGGAGACUACCAAGCUACAUCACAAGUCCUCUACCCAACGGCUUCACGAAAAGAUCAGCUUGCUCGGCAAAUUCCAGCCAUCCAGGACGACUAAGUCGAUACCCUCGGUAUCACAUUUGGCUGCAUCGCAAGUCAACUACCCUGAGCUUCCAAACGCAAAGCAGGACGGAUCUAACCGCGAGUCUCGCGUUGCACCUGCUCCCGAGCCUGCUGUUAGCAGCGAGGGUGACGAGAUCAAGACACUGAGUUCACCUCAUCGGCCAAACAUUCCCAAGAGUCAUACGACAGAUGCCAUAGAGCAUGCAGCCGGGCACAAUGCAGCUGGAAAUCUUGAAAAAGCAAAGCUGGAAAGGACAGAGACGUUCCACGACUUCUCUGACAAGCACUCGCCGUUGACCAAGACUACAGGCUACAUGGCAGGCCAUCAAAAAACAGGAUCUGCGGCUAUUCCAUCAUCGCCACAACGGCCAGGCACCAGAGGUGAUUUUGAACAAAAAACGCUGCCGGCGCAGAAUCAGGCAGAGUCUACAACACCUCCGGUCUCCCCCAAGCGCAACGAUGGUGCAUUGAGCAUGUCUAAAUCGAAGCUGCAAUCUCUCAUGAAGACGGCAAAGGGACUGUUUACAAGCAGUGCUGGGGUUUCAGCAGCAGCGAAAUUGGAGACCUUAUCGUCUUCUCCUAGUGCCUCUCGGUCACAAACCAACCACGGCAACCUCUCUGGAAGUCCAGAAAGGCGAACGGUGCAGACGCCCAGUCCGCUAAAGCAACAUGGUCGAACCCAAAACGCGACAGAAACGGAAGAAAAGAGCAGGCAGACUGAGCUGAAGCACAAGCAGCGACAAGAAGAGCUUUUCGAAACGUCCAGGGAGCAGGAGAAGACGACAGCAAUUCAAGAAUCAAAGGCCAAACACGCAAAUGCUCAGGAAAAGUCCCUUGCUGAUCGAGAAGGCCAUGAGACCACUACGCCUGCUCCGUCCAACCGAGCAGCUUCAAAGAAGGCUCAACGGCCUCAGGUGCAGACCUCGAAGGAAGUCGAGUCCAACCCAGAGGCCGAGCCGAAGUUUCCGCUGCCACCCACUUCCCACCCUCAGCCUCAACCUGCAAAGUCGAAUGACCGUCGUCCUGUGAAACCUACAAGGGAGCCCGUACAAAAGCCGAAACCGCAACCCGUAUCAAUUCGAGUCGGCAGCACGCUCUCUCGCCAGAUGCCCUUAUCUUCAACGACUUCUCUAUCCUCAAGCGUACAGGAGUCGAAUCCUCCUCCGGCACCUACUCCGGCAGCUGCUCCGGCCCAAAAGCAACCGACUCUAACAAAGAAGGCCAGCAAUUCCUCCUUGCAAACAACCGCGUCCAGUGGCAGCUUCAAGAGCUCGGUCUCAAGUCAGACACAGCGCAAAGCGCAACUAGCUGCCGAAAAGAAGAAACAGGAGGAACGAGAGGCGCGGCGUAAAGAGGAGCAGAAGCGGGAGCUGGAACGCAAGCGAGCAGCCCAACAGCAGCAACAGGAAGAGGCGCGUCGCCAAGAACUUAAGAAUCGCGCUGAGGCUGAACGACGCGAGCGUGAACGUCUCGCAGCAGACGACCCUAAAAAAGCGGCCCAGAGGCAGGCAAUCGAGCAACGGAGGCUUGAAAAUGCUCGCCGAUUGGAGAGACAGGGAAGCCAGCCGCCCAACUCAGCUAACGACCUGGGCUCUAUUCUACAGCAGGAAAAGGCGGGUGCACAGUCCUCGCAGCGAGCUGAUCUUGGUCCUACACGGCCACCAUCGCGGCUGGGCUCAGCGCAGCCCUUUAGUCGAUCUAUCACGCAACCUCCAACUAAUGCGGCCAAACCGGCAAAACGAGCAUUGGAUGAGGAGCCUCAGCCUCGUCCAACCCCUCAUCAGGCCACAGAGUCUAAACGGAGGAAGACUGAGGACGAGCAGAACCCACCCCCUCCAGUCAGGCCCACCAUGGCUCCCCCAAUUCGACAGUCUAACAUCCGAAAGGAACCUGCUAAGCCUCAGAUCUUUACUGCGCAUGGCUACCCGCAGGCACCUCCACCUGCCGCACACCACCAGACGGGAGCAUCCCUGUACAAGAGUGCAGCUUCCGGGUCGCACCACGUGCAGCAAGCUGCAGGCGCAUCGCACAGACCCGGCCACCCUAUGGACAUGGCCAAAUAUGCCAGUGGCAAGAUCCCGUUUGCAGAUGCACCCAACCCCUCGCAAGCCCCAACAGGCCACAAGACGCCCAAUCAGAGUUCUCAGCACGUGGCGGCCAAAUCGUCACCGCAGUACCCUAACGGUGAGAAUAUCCAACUCCCCGAGAUCCCCACAGACAGCGAGGACGAAGAUUCAGACGCGGAAAUGCUGCCGGUGCCAAAGUGGGCACAACCUAAGGAGCUGGAGGCUCUGCUGCGGGAGCAAGAAGGUCGCGAGACGGAGUCUAUUUUUGGCCCCAUCGCACCCUUCUCGCUGGAGGAGACGUUCAAGUCGGACAAGAAGAUCAAGAAGUUCCGCGAGCGCACGAGCAGUGCGAACUGGUCGGGUCCGGACGGUUUGACGCAGGAAGAGAUCCGGCGCGACAUUGCGGAGAGGCAGCGACUGCGGAUGAACGGGGGAUGGGUGUUCAAUGCAUCAUAG